GCGCACAAGUAAGCAAGCAGGUCCUGCCAUGUAAACGAUCCUCGGCCCCACGAAAAGACAGCAACCUGUUGAACAACCUAACGUGUAUCUGUUUAAUUUGUUAAAAAGGCAAAAUGAGGGCAGUUCCUACAUGGAUUGACAAAGUACAUGAUCGCGACAAAGUUGAGCAAUGUAUCUACGACCUUGCCUUCAAACCAGAUGGCAGCCAGCUUAUUGUGGCAGCUGGGAAUCGUGUUUUGGUGUAUGACACAUCAGAUGGAACUCUCAUUCAGCCUCUGAAAGGACACAAGGACACAGUGUACUGUGUUGCCUACGCCAAAGAUGGGAAACGGUUUGCCUCAGGUUCUGCUGACAAAAGCAUCAUCAUCUGGACAUCUAAACUGGAGGGUAUUUUGAAAUAUACACAUAAUGACUCCAUCCAGUGUGUUGCCUACAACCCAGUCAGCCACCAGCUGGCCUCCUGCUCCUCUGGGGACUUUGGUCUGUGGUCCCCAGAACAGAAAUCUGUAUCCAAGCACAAAGUCAACAGCAAGAUAACAUGUUGUGGGUGGACCAACGACGGUCAGUACCUGGCCCUGGGCAUGAUGAACGGGGUGGUGAGCAUCAGGAAUAAGAACGGAGAGGAGAAGGUGAAAAUAGAGCGACCAGGAGGAUCCUCCUCUCCUAUCUGGUCCAUCGCAUGGAACCCCUCCAAGGAUGAGCACAAUGACAUCCUGGCUGUGGCAGACUGGGGGCAGAAGCUAUCCUUCUACCAGCUCAGUGGAAAACAGAUUGGGAAGGACAGAACUCUGACCUAUGACCCCUGCUGUGUCAGCUACUUCUCCAAGGGGGAGUACAUUGUGAUGGGUGGCUCGGACAAGCAGGCCUCCCUCUACACCAAAGAUGGGGUGCGGCUCGGCACCAUCGGGGAGCAGAGCUCCUGGGUGUGGACCUGUAGAGUCAAACCUGACUCCAACUAUGUGGUGUUGGGCUGCCAGGAUGGGACCAUAGCCUUCUUCCAGCUCAUCUUCAGCACGGUGCACGGCCUGUACAAGGAUCGCUAUGCCUACAGAGACAGCAUGACAGAUGUCAUCGUCCAGCACCUCAUCACUGAACAGAAAGUGAGGAUCAAGUGCAGAGAGCUUGUGAAGAAGAUAGCUAUCUACAGGAACCGCCUGGCCAUCCAGCUGCCUGAGAAGAUCCUCAUCUACGAGCUGUACUCUGACGACUCCUCAGACAUGCACUACCGCAUCAAGGAGAAGAUCUGCAGAAAGUUUGAGUGCAACCUGCUCGUGGUCUGCUCCCAGCACAUCAUCCUGUGUCAGGAGAAGAGGCUGCAGUGUCUGUCCUUCACCAGUAUCAAGGAGAAGGAGUGGCUUAUGGAGUCUCUGAUUCGCUACAUCAAAGUGAUUGGUGGCCCACCGGGCAGAGAGGGCCUACUGGUGGGGCUGAAGAAUGGAGCUAUCCUAAAGAUCUUUGUUGACAACCCAUUUGCCAUCACACUGCUGAAGCAGUCUACGUCUGUGCGUUGUCUGGACAUGAGUACAUCCCGCAGCAAGCUGGCUGUGGUGGACGAACACAACACCUGCCUGGUUUACGACAUCCACACCAAGGAGCUGCUCUUCCAGGAGCCCAAUGCUAACAGCGUAGCCUGGAACACCCAGUGUGAGGACAUGCUGUGUUUCUCAGGCAGUGGCUACCUCAACAUCAAGGCCAGUAACUUCCCAGUGCAUCAGCAGAAGCUGCAGGGCUUCGUGGUGGGCUACAACGGCUCCAAGAUCUUCUGCCUGCACGUGUACUCCAUGUCUGCCGUGGAGGUGCCUCAGUCGGCUCCCAUGUACCAGUAUCUGGAGAGGAGGAUGUUCAAGGAGGCCUAUCAGAUCGCCUGCCUGGGUGUGACUGACAGUGACUGGAGGGAUCUGGCCACGGAAGCACUGGAGGGGCUCGACUUUGACACCUCUAAGAAGGCAUUCAUCAGAGUACGAGACCUGCGCUACCUGGAGCUCAUCAACAGCAUUGAGGAGAGGAAGAAGAGAGGUGAGAGCGACACUGAGCUGUUCCUUGCGGAUGUCUAUGCCUACCAGGGGAAAUUCCACGAGGCUGCCAGGCUCUACAAGAGGACUGGCUUGGACUCCAGAGCUCUCAGCAUGUACACGGACCUGCGCAUGUUUGAGUACGCUAAGGAGUUUGUGGGCGCGGCAGACCCUAAAAACACUCGCAUGCUGAUGUCCAAGCAGGCCGACUGGGCUAAGAACAGCAAGGAGCCGCGGGCCGCUGCUCAGAUGUACCUGACUGCAGGAGAACACCUCAAAGCCAUCGACAUCAUAGGAGAACACGGCUGGGUCGACAUGCUGAUUGACAUAGCCCGUAAGUUGGAUAAGGCGGAGCGCGAACCACUGGCUAAGUGUGCGGCCUACUUCCAGAAGCUGAAGCACCAUGGUUAUGCCUCUGAGACCUACUCCAAGAUGGGAGACCUGCAGGCCCUGGUGCAUCUGCACGUGGAGGCACGACACUGGGAUGAGGCCUUCGCUCUGGUGGAGAAACAUGCCCAGUUUAAAGAUGACGUCUAUGUGCCCUACGCUCAGUGGCUGGCUGAGAACGACCGCUUUGAGGAGGCACAGAAAGCUUUCCACAAGGCGGGCCGACAGAGCGAGGCUGUGAAGGUGUUGGAACAGCUUACCCACAAUGCCGUGGUGGAGAGCAGGUUCAAUGACGCAGCAUAUUAUUACUGGAUGCUCUCUAUGCAGUGUCUGGACAUCGCUAGGGAAAACGAGGAGAGGAAGGAGGAGAUGCUGAAGAAGUUCAAGCGUUUCCAGCACCUGGCUGAGCUCUACCAUGUUUACCACUCAAUACAGCGUUACACAGUAAGAUGCUCACCACAGCUGAAGGAUGAACCCUUUAGCUCCCAUAUGCCUGAGACGCUCUUUAACAUCUCCAGGUACCUCCUACACAACCUCACCAAGGACGUGCCACUGGGCAUCUCCAAAGUUAACACUCUUUAUGCGUUGGCCAAGCAGAGCAGAACCCUGGGAGCGUUUAAACUAGCCAGACAUGCCUAUGAGAAGCUCCAGGAACUCCACGUUCCCUCUCGCUUCCAGGAGUCAAUGGAUCUGGGCAGCCUUACCGUCCGCUCCAAACCAUACCACGACAAUGAGGACCUGAUCCCCAUGUGUUACCGCUGCUCCACCAACAACCCCCUGCUGAACAGCCAGGGCAGUGUGUGUAUCAACUGCAAACAGCCCUUCAUCUAUUCAGCAUCUUCAUACGAGGUCCUUCCUCUGGUGCAGUUCUACCUGGACAAGGGUAUCGGUGAUGAGGAGGCUGUGUCUCUCAUUGACCUGGAAGUCCCUUGCAUUGACAGGAAGGCUGCUCGCUGGCAGGAGAUGAGCAGUGGGGAGUCCCAGUCUCUGAAGCUGGAUGAUGGCACAGAAGACACAGAGGAGGACCCCUUCAUGGCCAAACUCAGCUUUGAGCAGGGGGGCUCUGACUUUGUCCCGGUGGUGGUGAGUCGCUCCGUGCUGAGGUCUAUGAGCAGGAGGGAUGUCCUGAUUAAGCGCUGGCCCAAACCCCUGCAGUGGGAGUACUACCGUUCCUUACUGCCUGAUGUCAGCAUCACCAUGUGCCCCUCCUGCUUCCAGAUGUUCCACAGUGAAGACUAUGAGCUGCUUGUGCUUCAGCACAACUGCUGUCCCUACUGCCGUCGGCCCAUCGAUGAACCCAACUGACCUCCCCAAACUGGUCUAGAAUCAAUUCAUCCAUCUCACAAUUAUUCUUCAGUUUCACUCUUGCUCUUCUGAGUAAUGUUCCGCCCAUAUGAUGGCAGGCCAAAAACCUCAUGAACGUUAUUUCAGGGAUGGGAUUAUGAAGAUCACUAUAGUCCGCAGCAAAAGUGAAUCUUCAGAUGAACAACCCUAUAGAAUGAACAGGAUGAGGUCACACAGAUUUAGCAAUGAAUUCUUCUGUCUAGAAAAACGUAUUAAAAAACACAUUUUAAUUAACUGGUAUUUAUUGCUGCUGUUAUAUGAUGACUCUCUAGCAUUCCACAUUAUUAUUUAGGUAAAUAGUCAUGGUGUGAUGUUUUUCUUAAAGAGUUGAAUGUAUUGUAUUUUUAUAUUAUUAAAGUAAAAAGUUUUUUUUUAAUG